AAGAAAGGAUUGUCAGUUGAGCCGCAGUUCGCUCGACAUUGGUAUAAAGAAAACAUCUUGCUAGCGCGAUUCGAGCUUCAUCAGGCUGAUUUGCCCUACUGUGUGCUCCAGGCUGUUUCUACGAGUUCUAUACAUCAAAGCUAGAGUCAUAUGUGUCCUUGUCUUACCGGUAGGGUCAGAACUCGGAAUGAAGUACUGCAGCACAAGGGGGCAGGAGAAGGGCCUGUCAUUUCAGCAAGUCCUCUUCGCUGGCUAUGCAAAGGAUCUGGGCCUGUAUAUGCCUGAGGAGGUUCCUGUGUUACGGCAGGAGGAAUUGCAAGGUCUCUCUGGCUAUUCCUACAACGAGCUUGUAUGUGAAGUUGCUCGAAGGUUCAUAGAUGAGGCAGAAAUUUCCGAUGGAGAACUACAAGGGCUCAUCAAGAACAGUCUGUGUAGGUUUAGAAUCCCAGAGGUAGUGAGGAUUGAGAAACUGAAGGGUGGACUGAACAUAGUGGAGCUGUUCCAUGGUACCACACUUGCCUUCAAAGACCUGGGGCUGGAGGUGGUGUGUGCUUUGCUCAAUUACUUCCUCACAAGAUCUGGUCACCAUGUCACUGUUCUCGUUGGCACUUCAGGAGACACUGGCAGUGCAGCCAUUGAGGGAGUGCGUGGCCGGGCAAACAUGGACAUUGUGGUGUUGCUGCCUAAGGGUCGUUGCACACUCAUCCAGGAACUUCAGAUGACCACUGUACUGGAAGACAAUGUGCAUGUCUACCGUGUUGAUGGCACGUCAGAUGACUUGGACCACCCCAUCAAGCAAUGCUUUGGCGACAGUCAGCUGGUGAAGUCACAUGGUCUUAUUUCCGUUAACUCUAUCAACUGGGGGCGCAUUAUGGUCCAGAUUGCUCAUUACUUCUAUUUGUAUUUCCAACUCUGUGAGAAAGUGGGCUCUCCAGUGGAGGUGGUGAUCCCAACAGGGGCUUGUGGCAACAUUACAGCUGGAUGCCUUGCUCAGAGAAUGGGUCUUCCUAUAACACUAGUGGCUGGGGUGAACACUAAUAACAUUGUUGCUAGAACAUUAAAUGGAGGAGACUUUUCUGUGCAGGGCAGUGUAGUCACAUCUUUGGCUCCUGCCAUGGAUAUACAGAUCCCAUACAAUGUGGAGCGGUUGAUGUACCUGUAUGCUGACGGAGACACCAACAGGGUCAAGAAGUUGAUGGAGGAUUUUGAGAGCAGUGGGAGAGUACAAAUCCCUCAGGAUAUCAUGAAGGCCAUAAAUACAGCUGUCACAGGAACCUUCACUGUGGAUGAUAAUGAGAUAACUAAUACCUUGCACAAGGUUUAUCACGAUCAUGGCUAUAUAUUGUGUCCUCACACUGCUGUGGGUGCAGCUUACCACUACAGGUAUGUGAGAGUGUGUGUGUUGGUGGUGAUUUACAGAGGAUGUAUUAUGGGCUACGUAUUUCCGGAUUCCAAGCUAGAGGAAGGAGUAUCGUUGCAGAUGUUUGACUGGCAUAACCACACGCAGGAGGCUCUGGAUAAGGCUAAGAAAGGACCAGGAGAACAAGGCCUUCCACACUAUCUUCCCCCAGAUCUUGAGGAGAAGCGGGAGGAACUCUUUCAAACAAAUGGCUUCAAUGCACUACUGAGUGAUUAUAUUUCUCUGAGUCGAGCACUGCCUGAUAUCAGACAUCCCAAAUGCGCCCUCAAGAAGUACUCGGAGCGUCUUCCCACAGUCAGCGUCGUCAUCCCGUUCUUCGAGGAGCACUGGACCACGCUGCUCAGGACUGUGGUGUCUGUUAUGCACCGCUCCCCUCCUGAAAUCCUGCGGCAGAUCAUACUGGUGGACGAUGGCAGUACAAUGAAGGACUUUCUACAGUCACCUCUUGAAACGUGGUUGAAGAGGUAUGUGCCCAAGGCGAUGGUGGUGCGUCUGCCGUACCGUAGGGGGCUGAUUGUAGCUCGGCAGGAGGGUGCCAAGAAAGCGAAGGGCGACGUGAUUGUGGUCCUCGACUCGCACUGUGAAGUGAUGACCAACUGGCUGCCACCGCUGCUAGAUCCUAUCCUGAAGAACCACCGGACCGUCGUGUGUCCGCUCAUCGACGUGAUCAACCAAGCCACCUUCGCAUACGCGCCCCAGGACCACGGCGGCCGCGGAGCGUUUGACUGGCGGUUCUUCUACAAGCGGCUUAAUCUGCGCCCCCAUGAGCAAGCAAACCUGCCUGAGCCUUUCCCGAACCCUGUCAUGAAUGGAGGGCUUUUUGCAAUCAGCCGAGAUUUCUUCUGGGAGUUGGGAGGCUACGAUGAGGGUCUCGCUAUCUGGGGUGGCGAGCAGUACAACCUUUCUUUUAAGGUGUGGAUGUGCGGCGGAAACAUGUUGGAUGCACCGUGUUCCCGCGUGGGUCAUAUCUUCCGUCACGCUCCGAAAGGUCGACCCUCCGUCAAGGGCGAUUUUCUCUCUAAGAACUACAAACGUGUGGCUGUGGUAUGGAUGGGUGAGUAUGCCGAGGCUCUCUACAAAAAGAAUCCCAGGCUGCGAGACGUGGAUCCUGGCGACGUGUCUAAGGAGAUAGCGAUUCGUGACGGGCUGCAGUGUAAGAGCUUCAAGUGGUUUCUGGAGGAGGUGGCGCCUGACUUGUUGAGAAUGUACCCUCCUGUCGAGCCUCCAGACUAUGCCAACGGGACCAUCAAAAGUGCGGCAGCUCCCUCGCUCUGCCUUGACAACGGCUCCAGAGAGAACGCAGAGAUUAUCAUGUACGGCUGUCACGGCGGAGGCACACAGUACUUCUCGUUGUCCUGGAAGAAGACGAUACGAAUAGACAGCGAGCAGUUCUGUUGGCAAGUUCCAGGCUCAAUCGGCCAGGCCGUGAUAACUUCCCACUGUCAGGUUAAGAACACGCCAGUCAGUCAGAUAUGGCGCUACGACCCGGUCACGCAGCAGAUACAGUCAAAAGGAGCCAAGAGUUGGUGUGUGGAGGCCAGAACAGAGGAGAGAAAAGUGGUCAUGGCCUUGUGUGACGCGACGAAGAAGGAACAGAUGUGGAUCUUUUCUAACGUCAAUUUCCGACUUAUUGAAGAGAAGUUCCCUCCUUUCUUGUAGGUGGAAGUGUAAACAGAAGUGUGGUGAGUGAGUGUGGAUAUGACAGGUGUUAAUUUAUGAGUGUUACCUUGAUUAUUAUUGUUUCGCAGUUUCCAUGGGUGGUUUCUUAAGUGAGUAUUGUGAGAAGGAUAAGGAUGUGUAUAUAAGAAUGUUGAGAAGUGUUGUGAGGGAAAGUGGAGGAAUGAUAAAUGUGUGUUUGUGACUUUGGGCUUCCGAAAGGGAGUUAGUUGAUUUAUGUUUUUUUUUUUUUUUCAGGGAUGAUUUCUUUUAUAUAAUGUGUGAAGAUUAAAUGUGAAUGCUCUCUCUCUCUCUCUCUCUCUCUCUCUCUCUCUCUCUCUCUCUCUCUCUCUCUCUCUCUCUCUCUCUCUCUCUCUCUCUCUCUCUCUCUCUCUCUCUCUCUCUCUCUCUCAGCACCAUGAAUUUGCAGUAUUGUUUUGGCACUUGUGAUUCUCCCCAUCGACAAAUAUGUGUCAUGUCAACUAGUCAUAUUGAUAAUUGUAGCGUUACUAGUGUGUGUGUGUGUGUGUGUGUGUGUGUGUGUGUGUGUGUGUGUGUGUGUGUAAGGACUGUGUGGCCUUGACAUGUGCUCUUAUUUAAACGAAACACUGAAGUCAUUCCUGUAGUGUUGAGAAGAGAAAAAAAGGGAGUCAUCAUCUGAAUAGUACUUGUUAUUAUUAUUAUUAUUAUUAUUAUUAUUAUUAUUAUUAUUAUUAUUAUUAUUGUCAUUGUGUCAUUGAUUUAUAAAUGGAGAAUGAGGAUACAUAUGUAGUCUCUCUCUCUCUCUCUCUCUCUCUCUCUCUCUCUCUCUCUCUCUCUACUGGUAAAUCUCCUGAUGAUGAUGAU